UGGUGGUUGUUAAGUGUGUGAGUUCUCCAUUUCCGCUUUGGUCCCGCUGUCGUCUAACUGGUUAUUCUGAGCAGGGGCUCAGAAACUUUGUGUUAAGGUGACGUUUCUGGCUGUGAACGAAGGAGGCUUAUUCCCCCUGUGGCUGACAGCCCUGAAGUGGAGGUGGCUUGGGCAAGUACAGUAAUGGAAACUAGCAUUUGGAAUUUCUCAAGAUGAGCUUCCUCUUGCCCAAACUGACUAGCAAGAAAGAAGUGGACCAGGCAAUAAAAAGUACUGCGGAGAAGGUACUUGUUCUCAGGUUUGGGAGAGACGAAGACCCUGUCUGUCUGCAACUAGAUGAUAUUCUUUCUAAGACAUCUUCUGAUUUAAGUAAAAUGGCUACUAUAUACCUGGUAGAUGUGGAUCACACUCCAGUUUAUACACAGUAUUUCGACAUCAGUUAUAUUCCAUCUACUGUGUUUUUCUUCAAUGGGCAGCAUAUGAAAGUGGACUAUGGGUCUCCAGAUCAUACUAAAUUUGUGGGAAGUUUCAAAACCAAACAGGACUUCAUAGAUUUGAUUGAAGUGAUCUAUCGGGGAGCAAUGAGAGGAAAAUUGAUUGUCCAAAGUCCUAUUGAUGCCAAGAAUAUCCCCAAAUAUGACCUUCUCUAUCAAGACAUUUAGCCACUGUGAAGGAUGAAGAGAGAGGCAUAGGUUGAAACAGUACCUAAGUCCAGCAGGCCUGUGUUCUGGAGUCCCUCAGAAGUCUGUUCACUUUCCCAGCUGAGAAGAGGUUUGAUGUCUAUAAACAGCAGCCCCUGAGCAGCAGCCCACCUGGUCCAACAAUCAGGGCAAAUCGGAUGUCUGUGUAUCUGCUCCCUGAAGUCCUCAGAGCAGCUGGGCAACACACUUAGUCUCCCCUGGUGACUUCUGACUUGUUUUGUUUUUGAGGCAGGAUUUCACUCCAGCCCAGGAUGACCUGAAACUUACUCUGUAGCUUCUUGAACUCUUGGUGAUCCUACUACCUCAACCUCCCAAGUGCUGGGAUUAAAGAUGUG